AUGGUUACGAAAUCAUUAGCAAUUGCUCACAUGGUUAUGCUUUUGAGUACAUCACUUAUGGAAGGUCAAUGUUUACGUGCUAAAUUACCCGAUACUGCUAAUGUUGCUAUUCAAAUUGAAGAUACGCAAGUUCAUGAACAACAUGCAACUACACAGAAUGGUUUAACGGAGAAAAGUAUUCGUAUUAUUUCUAAAUGUUCAUUGAAUCAAGAGAUAUUAGGUUUUGUAUAG